AUGUCUACCGACACUGCCACGACUCCGGCGUCAGUGCCCGCUGCGGCCGCGUCCAAGGGCAUGCGCAAGAACGGUCAGUCCCCGAGGCCGAGUCCGCGACCCCACUGCUCGUUCCCCCGACUGACCCCGAAACAGGGAAAAAACUGGCAUGACCCCAGCAAGAAGGCCUUCCGCCCCAGUGCGGGCCUUACCUCGUACGCUAAGCGGGUGGAAGCUCGUAAGCACCACGAUGCCGUCAAGGAACGUGAGCGCGAGAUGAAGGAAGAGCGGGAAGCUGAGCGUCAGGCCCAUAUCCAGCGCAUCAAGGAACGCAGAGCUGCCAAGGAGGAGAAGGCUCGCUACGAGAAGAUGGCCGAGAAGAUGCACCAGAAGCGGGUCGAACGUCUCAAGCGCCGCGAGAAGCGCAACAAGCUGCUCAACUCAUGA